AUGGGUUCCGAUCGAAAGUCGUCGCAGUCGAGAACCGAUAAGUAUGGAUCCGGAAGAGGUCGCUCCCAUGGCGGUAGUAGUCUUCCGACUUACAGCGAAGACGGAAGAAGUAGAAGUAGAGGGCGUGAUCAUGGCAGUGGCCAUCGCAGCAAUGGCUUGAGCAGAUCCGCCCACGCACCAUCAGCGCAUAAGAUCAAACACGGCAAAGGUGUCCUUGUGGAGAAGGACCCAUCAGCGGCCGGCGCUCAACGUGACGCUCGAUAUGCAGAGGAGUCUGGCUAUACCAAGACCAAAGAGCAGCUGUUCAAGACCACUCCUUGCACGGGCGCAAUGUAUAUCAUCCUGACGUUGUUGAGUCUCGAGACGGCCGGAGUCAUCUUCCUAGCUGUGAAAUUCACAGCCGCGCAUAGCAAAAUUCCCAAUAGAAAGAACAUCAGCAACCUAGGCGACGCGAUGAACCUCAUCGGCGACAAUACCGAAGCGGGCGCGUGGAUGGUCGGCUUGACGAUGUACCUGAUGGCGUGGUGUUUUCAUGCGGUGUAUCUCGUCGUGGUUGUUGGGUAUAACAUGAUGAUUAAUAAUAAGGGAGUUUUCGGCUUUAUGAAGCGCAUGGAGGAGAAGAACAGGAAGGAACGGAUCGAGUACGGCGAGAAGAAAGUGAGGGAGGCAGAAAAGAUCAUCGCGGAGUUUGGUGAUUCUGGCAGGCGCGGUGGUCUGUCAUGA